AUGGACCAGCACGACAUUAUGCCGGUGACCGUAAAAGCGGUGACCAUGCAUGUGAGAGAUGUAGGGGCACUCUCAGAAGCCGUUUUUGAAUCUGGCUGCAGGGACCUGGCUCCACCUGUCAGUGUCCUGAAGAAUGUUUCCUAUGAUGUGAGGAAGAGGAGGAGACUCCAUCAUAAUGAAAUACAGAGUCUGGAGCGGAUGCUCAAGCUGCCAACAAAUGACACCAGUGUGCUCAAAAACAUGCUUCUGAGGCCAAAAGGAGUAAUGCUCUGGUCUCUCCGUGGCAUCCAAAUAUACCAGGAAAGGUGCAAGGAGGACAUAGUGUAUUUGGAUGCCAUGGCCAACCACACACAGGGGAUCAUGGAGAAGAGUCAGUGGGACCUGAAACAUCUGAGGUUCCAGUCGCGCACCUAUAGCCGGCUAGAUGAUGUGGUCCUGCAGUAUCAGGCCCUUUAUAAAUCUCUGUUACGAGAGUACAGAGAUACUGCAAGAGUCUUCAAUAUGAAGCAAAAGGCCCAACCGUCAUCCCCAGGCUCCACGUCUACAAAGAAAUCACAGAAAUCCCAGCUUCCCAGCAUCUAUGUCCACAGCCCUGCCUGCUCAGUCCGGCAGCUCGCCCAUGACCCCAUCCACAUCUCGCCGGGGCCCCGCAUCAUCAAGAAGCCCAUCUGUGUUGGCUGA